AGCUGAUUGAUUUUCAUAAUUAGAUCUAUGUUCUUGACAGGAUACGUCUUGUGCAGAAUCCAAUUUGACACUUGUUGAUCCAAUAAGGUUUUGCCUCUGUAACGGAAUUUUCAUUUAAGCAAAUAUGGAUAAACUGAAAGAUCAUCAUGGCACACCUAUAUUUGGCAGAUGUUCCAAAUAGUACCAAAAGGUCUACAGAAACUAUUUACGAAAUCAAAGCACCACUAGCAACUUUUGAUACAAUUGAUUUAGAUGAUUGGGAAGAAGACACUGCAAAGAAAAGUCCAAACAAAGAAGAAGUAAAGAAUGAUAAAACUGAAAGGUGUGAUAAACCUGAAAAGGGAAUUGAAGAAAUAAGUGAACAAAAAUGUUCUAGAAGUGAAAGUAAGCAGAAAUCUGAAAAAAGUAGUGCAAACAAUAAGGAAAAUAACAAGCUAGAGAUAGUAGACAACAAAAUUAUCAAACACUUAAAAAGUGAUAUAAAUGCUAGUGUUGCAAAGGAAUUGGAAACACCAACACCAACAGAAGAAUCUGCACAGUUUGAUAAUGAAUCAUUAAACAGUGAAACAGAAAACAGUGGUCAUAAGCCUGAGGGAGCCCCAAGUGAUUUAAUGGACCCAAAUAGUAGUGAAAAUAAUGCAAGUGCUGAAGAAAUACAAACAAAACUUAAACAAAAGGGUAGAAAGCAUAAAGAAAAAGCCAGUAACGUGAAAUAUGAAAAGAUUGAGAGCUUCUCAGAUAUUUCUGAUUAUGAAAAAUCAGAAAACCAGUCACCACUGCCUGUGGUAAAACUGAGAAGCAAGGCUUAUGACAGUGACAGUGAUAGUUCUGAUUCAGACAGUGGGUUUAUAAGAACUGGUUUUGUUACAACAAGGGGUGCUGGUGCAAGGCACUUAAGAGCUGGCUUUUCAAAUUCUGCGCCCGGCUUAGACUUUGUGGACUCUGAUUCAACACCUUGUAGUUCACCAAAAGUUACACGGCCAGUUAUUCCCCCACCUCUUAGUAAGGAAGACGCUGCUAAACUUUCCAAGAAAAAAGCAUAUGAAAAAAGACUACAGCGUUUGCAAGUUACAACUACUCCCAUUGAACGCCCUCGAAGUACAACACCUAUUAAUAUUGUAGCUUUAGAAGAAUAUGUUAAUAUCAGUUCACCAGAAAAAUCUCCUGCAAAGGGUAGUCUUGAAAAAUUAAAAAUAAAAUUACCCUUGGAUGAGACUGGAAGAACAAAAAGUCCAAGGCGUACAGUGAAAUCAGCAACAUGGGAAUCAGGGGAUAAUCAGGUAUUCAGUUUUAAUGAGGAAUUACUUUUUACACAUACAAAAUCAGCCAUUCUUCUGGAUGAAGAUGGUAAUAAAUACCAGUCACCAAAACGGAUUUUAGUUCCUCCAACUUUAUCUCCGAAGUUGUCACCAGCGCGUUCCCCAAGAAGUCCAAGACGGUUUUGUCAGGACACACAUAAUCUUCCACGCUAUGUAUACAGUCCCAAGUCUCUUAAGGUGAAUAAAAGUGAAGAGAUUUCUAAAGUCAUUGCUGCAGAUGCAGUAACUGAACAAGCCAAUUGGGCGAAAUUUGAUGAAGUGCCAAAGGAAAUUGAUGUUUUUGAUGGUGAAGAAACAAACAACUCGGCCAGUAUUGCUCAAACUGAAAAUGAACUAGAUAAACAGGGUGAAACAACAGAUUUAAAUGCCAGUAUUGAGAUUUUUGAAGACAAAUCAAAAGUUUUAGAUGAAAAUGCCAAAGAUGAUAAUUUUGAUAAUGAUGUUGAUAAUGAAGAAAUACUCACUGUAAAAAUUGACAAAACCGGCGACUUUACUAAAUGUGAUAUUGAAUGUCAUACUGCAGAGAGAUUGAGGAAUGAUGCAGAGAGUUUGAAAAAUGAAAAAGGUUUAGAUAAAACAAAUGAAAUUAACAGUAUUGAAAUCAGAACUGAAACUGACAGGGAUAAAUAUAGUAAAGAGAAAAGAAACGGCACUUGCAUUAUUAGUGAUGAUGACAAAGAACAAAAUUUUGAUUCUCUUUGUUAAAAAAUGUAAAACAUUUAAUUCCAUUCAGGCUCAUAAGUGCUGCUGAGGUGAAAGUAUAUUAACUAAGUAAGUUAUGUUACCACACAUAUUUUGUACCAAACUGCUUUCAAGUUUGCUAUCGACAGAACUUGCAUCACCAUAAUUAUCAUCACAUUGACACAUAAAAUUCAAUGAAAAAGUGAGUAUAAGUUUGAAAUACAUUCCAGACAUGGUGUGAAAUUACAGGUCGUAACAGGAGGAAAUUAAUCGUCUUUCAGGUUUUGAUCCAUUAACGGAGCAUUAUCAACUACAUUGAAAACUGUCUAGACUCUUCAUUGUUCGAAGUCUCAAAAUGUUAAUAAUCUGUUUAUAACGCCAUGUGCUUGGGAUUUUGUGAAGUGCAAUACAAAGUGUUUUUAUACUUGGAUAUAUGUGCCAUUGUUAUUUGAUUAAGAUUUUCACCUCGGAAUUGCCAAUAAGAAUUUGAUAAUAGGAGCAAGAACGUUUCCGCGCAUGGAUGUUUGAGAAAUUAGCGCAUACUGAAAAUGUUUGUUACAAGCUGAACUUUAUGUGAUAAUCUAUUGUUGAUUGUUGACGCAAGCCUUCAGUGUAUUUACCUUCUUUGUUGUUAUUUUAUUGUGAGUAUAACUUUUCAUGUUAAAAAAAACAGACUUUGAAGAACCAGACUUUGAAGGACACCCAGAAACUGUACAAUUGUAUAUGAUAUUUAAAAGGCUAUUAGAUGUCCAAGUUAUUACCUAAUUCCCCCCCAAAAAAGGCAGGCAAUAUUUACUGUGGAUCGUAUAUCGAAUAUCUGUCAGCAGACGUGAUUAUUGAUGUGUAAGAUAUAAUUUAAGAGACUGGUGUAUGAACGUUUUUCGUUAAAAAUAACUUAUGACUGACAGACACAAGUCUGUAAUUAUUUGAACUUGGCUUUGAACUCGAAGAAAAGGUGUUGAGGUGUUCUUAAAAGGAGUUCAUAUGUACCUAGAGCUGUGAAACAUCUUUGAAAAUCACUGAACAGAGACUGUAUUAAAACCCAAUACAUGUACUAUUGAUUCCAGUAAAGUGCACAUGUAUGCACUCACUAGGUACACAUGCACUUAAAGUCAAGUUCAUCUUCUUAACUACCAAGGGGAAAUUGCAAUUUACCAUGGUAUCACAGUAUCCAAGAAAUAAAACCUCAGAAAUGGACAUUUGGCAGUCUCCAAAGUUUGAUGUGUGACAUUUCAUCACCAAAUAUUCUUGUCUGUGAUUUUUGACAAAACUUCAAUGCCAGUUGGAGGAGCAGG